AUGACGCAGCCGCCCCCGGCCACGCCCCCCAGCCACGCCCCCGGGCCAAUCGCCGCCGGUACCGCCGCCGAGCGCUGCACCCGCCCCAGCGCCGGGAUUGCCACCCGCUCCCGCCAAUGGCGACCCGGCGCGAGCAGCAGCUCAGCCAAUAGGAAGGUGAAGCGGGUGAAGGGGCGGCGGGGGCAGGGCGGCUCCGAAGGGGCUCGACCCUUCCGUGGGCCCCGGGCGGGGCGUGGCGCUGCUGCGGGCACGGCCCGGCCGCCCCCGCCCGCCCUCGGGCGGUGCCUCCCUGUGCCGGGGCUGGUGACACAGCCCCGAUUCCGAGAAGUUGCUCUAAGUCUUCGACCAAUCAGAAGUGAGCGCUCUCCGCGAGCACCAAUGGGCGGGCGCGGGGGGCGCGGCCGCGAGAACUCGGCUGACCCCGAUGACUUGGCAGCGCCGCGCGAUGACUGGACAACUUCUUUAAAGGGGCCGCGCCCGCCGCGGGUGCCGGCGGGGGAGAGUGCAGCGCAGCGGCGGCCCGGCCCGAGCAGAAGCGCUCACCCGCUGCCCCGCCGGCGCUCCCAGCGCUGCCGCUCCCGCCCAGGGGGACGAGGGUCGGAGCUGCCGUGCCCCUUUAAGGCCGUUUCCUGCCCUUCGUCCCAGUAA